CUCCAGUCAGCUGGUAAAUAUGGCCAGGUUUAUCCAUAGAGAGCAAUCUGAGAUCACUAUGGACUAUGUGAAUCUACCUGAUGCAUCCGCCAGGACUGACACCCAACAGGGUGGUGGAGGGACUCCUGCAGUGUCUGGGAGAAAACUCCUUAAGGUUGUUGCCGUAAGCUUUGGACUCCUGUGUAUCCUACAAGCUGCUCUCAACAUUUCCCUGCGUCUUGAUCUCUUCAAAGCCAGAUGCACAAACCUGACUGAGGAGGCUGACGGGCUGAGGAGAGAACUGAUUCCCUUCGAUCGCUAUUUCCAACAAGGCUGGGUCUAUUUACGUCCCAGUUUCUAUUACAUCUCUUCCACCAAGAAAUCUUGGCAGGAAAGCAGAGAUGACUGUCUGAAAAGAGAUGCAGACUUGGUGGUUAUCAACAGCAAUGAAGAGCAGGAUUUCACAAGAAAAUUCCAUAAGCUCACAUGGAUUGGACUACUGGAGGGAGAAACCAACGGUACAUGGAAAUGGGUGGAUGGCACUCCGCUGACCAAAAGCUAUUGGGGCCCUGGGGAGCCAAACGGUUUUGAAGGCAAAACUGAAGAUUGUGUAGAAAUAAGGUUCCAUGAAAUGGAAAACAGCUGGAAUGAUAUACCAUGUGGAGAUCAAAACUUCUGGAUCUGUGAAAAGAUGAUAGCUUUAUAACUCAGUGUAUAAAACCCAGAAAAGACUAAAUUUACCUUAAGUUUAAUGUAAAUGCACAAGCUCACAUUUCCCAAUCCUUUGGCUUUGUGCACACAAGUGAGUUGGAUUUUGGAUGGAGGAAGGAUGUAAUGACUUAUGAGGAAUGGAAAUGUACAUAACACCUUUGCUGUGCUGUGUUCAUACUAUACAGUAAGUCAUUUCCAAUAGAAGAGGGGACGUGACUGGUGGUUGAGCUGGUUUAAACUUUUUUCAGCACUCCAAUGACGCAAGGAGGCGUCAAUCAAUCAUAUCUUUUUGUUACACACUGUUCUGUUACUUCUAAAAAAACCAACCCUUCAGCCAGUUCACAUUCCUAUUUAAAGACACAACUACAUCAAAAAGUGCUUGUUUUACUCUCUGAUCAUACCCUCAGUGCAUGUAAAUGUUAACACUGUUUACAAGAAAACCCCACAGUGACCCUUUAAUGCUGCUGUAUUUGACUGAAUCAUUACUCUGGCUUAUUUAUAAGAUAAAUGUUAGUGAUAAGUGAAAGCAAUGCAUGGAAAAACAUGAGCUGGUCCCAUGUCUUUGUAGGGUCAAUAAUAAUUGAGCAAUAUGUAUGUUAUACACCACUUGACCAUCAAACAGAUGAUCAAUUAUUACAGGUCCACACCUAAUAAUAAACCUUAAAACCUUGUCUUUUGAUAUGAUUGCCUGGCAUGACGCAAGGGGAGGAGAGGAAUGCUAAUGAAAUCUAAUCUA